AAUACAUAGAGCAAUUAGCAUCUUCCACGUGGCACUCUGUGCAAAUGACUAUUGCCCGCGUCAAUGACGCGUAAGGAUGCGUUACGCGUUUUUUUUGUUCUCGUUCUUGUUCCUUAUCUAAUCUAACGAGUCAUAGUCACAUUUUAUACAAGAUCCCCAAUUUCUCUCUUUUUGCUCAGUUUCUGUUGUAUUUUCUCAAUUACAACAUCGUAUUCUGCAAAUUCAAACCGGGUCUUGGUUUUCUGAAAGAUGGGAGGUGGCAAGGACAAGCAUCAUGAUGAAUCUGACAAAGGAAUUUUUUCACACCUUGCUCAUGGGGUAGCUGGUGCAGCACAUGGUGGACAUGGGUACCCACCUGGGGCUUACCCACCACCACCUGGGGCAUACCCUCCACAACAAGGAUAUCCUCCAGCUGGGUAUCCUCCACAACAAGGGUAUCCUCCAGCUGGGUACCCUCCACAUCAAGGCUAUCCUCCUGCUGGUUACCCCCCAGCUGGUUAUCCUGGUUCAUCACAUGCACCAGGUUCUCAUGGGCACGGCGGUAUGGGAGCAAUGCUCGCUGGGGGUGCUGCUGCGGCUGCUGCUGCUUAUGGUGCUCACCAUGUCUCUCAUGGCUCCCAUGGCUCCUAUGGCCAAUAUGCACAUGGUGCUCACAUGCCACAUGGAAAAUUCAAGCAGCACGGGCACGGUAAGUUCAAGCAUGGAAAGCAUGGCAAGUUCGGCAAGCAUGGAAAGCAUGGCAAGUUCGGCAAGCAUGGUGGAUUCAAGAAGUGGAAGUGAUGAAUAUGUAUCUAUGACUCCAAAAUGCUGCUCUGUGUAGAGCUUAUUAUUGCUUUAUAAUAAACCAUACUUUGAAUGAUGUGAGGGAUCGAUCUAUGAGAUCAUGAUACUUGACCCCUUGUUUUCUUUCUUGUUUUUUGUUACUUUGAUACUAUUGGCAUUGGCAAAGAUAAACUGUUCUGUUUAGAUUGUAGGAAUUGAACAGCAAAACAUACAGAUGCACUGGAACAAGAGCAAGUCUUAAAGAAUCAUAGUCAUUAUUGACUGCAAUUGCAUUCAGCAUUGCCUUUUAUGUUGCAUUGCACAUAUGAAAAUUGAACCGUUCUCUUGUUCAUAUAUGAUAUACAACUCCUGAUUUCAUGGA